AUGUGGAUGCCUUGCCACACCGCAUCUGCUGCAUCGCUCCCCCAGGACCUGGCGCCGGCGCGCGCCGCGGCGGACGAGAAGCGGCGGAAAGAGGCCGAGGCGGAGGAGCGGGUCAUGGGACCCGCGAGGAAGCUGGCGGCGGCGCUGGUGGCGAGGGGGUACCAGAUCACCAGGCCGCAGGUGUCUGUCGGCAGCCGGCGGCCGUACGCUGACGAGGACGGCACAAUACACUGGCCGCCCUCCCUCAAAGCUGCAGGCCGCGCCGCCAGGCAGGCCCGCUCGACGGCGCGGCCUGUGGCCGCCUCGCUGGGCGCCGCCCGAAAACAUCAGGUGGUGCUGAUGUACCCCGAGACGCUGCAGCAGGAUGUGGUGGAGGACUGGCGGGACGAUGACACCCUGGCGGACCAUCUCGACGUGAUGUUCGGCGACGGCGCGCCACCGCUGCCCUGGGACGCCGCGGGGGAGUACAGCCGAGACAGGGUGGAGCUCUAUUACUUGGCCAACGCGGGGCCCCCGCUGACGCCCGACCAGCUCGCGCUCGCGAUGGCCGGAAGGUGGCCGGACGGUGUGGAUAGGGACUCCGAGGGGCCGCGGCGCUAUGGCGCGCGCGCGGCGCGGUGGGAGCGCGCCGAGGAGGGCGAGAGCCUGCGCGAGGUGCUGCUGCGGCCGGGGCACGUGGUCGCGGGCUCGCCGCUGUUUUGGGUGGUGGCGCGGGGCACUGAGUACCGGGAGCGGUUCCUGGCAAGCGUCCAGCAAUGA